GACACGCACACAAACAAAAUGCUGGAGGUUUUCAGCAUGUCAUUCAGCAUCUAUGGAAAGAAAUAAGCUGUCGACGUUUCAAGCCGAGACCCUUCGUCAGGACUGGAAAGAAAGAGAAGUGUUCGGCUUCUGUACAUUUCUCUCCGUCGAUGUUGCCUGUGUGCCAAGCCAGUUUAUGUAUUGUUUUGUUUGAAAUAAUGGUUGUUUCCAACUAUUUGCUGGAAAAAAAUCAUGGAGUGGAGGACAGUUGUAAUUAAAAAGAAUCUCGAAGUGCAAAUGAAAAAAAGGUGGUCAUUUCACCUCAGCCGAUGAUUUGAAUCUGUUGAUUGCCAAGAACACAAGGUUGGAGAUUUAUGUGGUGACUCCAGAAGGUUUGCGCCCUGUUAAAGAAGUAGGCAUGUAUGGCAAGAUAGCUGUAAUGGAACUCUUCCGACCAAAGGGAGAAGGUAAGGAUCUGCUUUUCAUCCUGACUGCAAAAUACAAUGCCUGCAUUCUGGAAUAUAAACAGAAUGGAGAAAACAUUGAUAUUAUCACAAGGGCCCAUGGAAAUGUACAGGAUCGUAUUGGCCGCCCUUCUGAGACAGGAAUAAUAGGUAUUGUGGACCCUGAGUGUCGCAUGAUAGGUCUCAGACUAUAUGAUGGGCUCUUCAAGGUGAUCCCUUUAGAUAGAGACAACAAAGAGUUGAAGGCAUUUAAUAUCCGUCUGGAAGAGCUCCAUGUAAUUGAUGUGAAGUUUCUGUAUGGCUGUCAGGUCCCAACCAUUUGCUUUGUCUAUCAGGAUCCUCAGGGCCGCCACGUAAAGACAUAUGAAGUAUCUUUGAGAGAAAAGGAAUUUAACAAGGGACCCUGGAAGCAGGAAAAUGUGGAAGCUGAAGCAUCAAUGGUCAUUGCAGUUCCAGAGCCAUUUGGAGGAGCACUGAUCAUAGGUCAGGAAUCCAUCACAUACCACAAUGGAGACAAAUAUCUGGCGAUUGCACCUCCAGCUAUCAAGCAAAGCACAAUUGUUUGCCAUAAUCGUGUGGAUCCCAAUGGUUCACGUUACUUGUUGGGAGAUAUGGAGGGACGUUUGUUUAUGCUGUUACUGGAGAGGGAGGAACAAAUGGAUGGGAACAUCACUGUCAAAGAUCUUCGAGUUGAACUCCUGGGAGAGACAUCAAUUGCAGAAUGUUUGACAUACUUGGAUAACGGAGUUGUAUUUGUUGGGUCUCGUCUUGGAGACUCACAACUUGUAAAGCUAAAUGUGGAUAGCAAUGAACAGGGGUCAUAUGUUGCUGGUAUGGAAACCUUUACCAACUUGGGUCCAAUUGUGGACAUGUGUGUAGUAGAUCUGGAAAGACAAGGUCAAGGCCAGCUGGUUACUUGUUCGGGAGCAUUUAAAGAAGGGUCAUUAAGAAUAAUUCGAAAUGGAAUUGGGAUUCAUGAACAUGCUAGCAUUGAUCUUCCUGGUAUUAAGGGUCUGUGGCCAUUGCGUUCUGAUUCCACUCGUGAUACAGAUGAUAUGUUGGUACUCUCAUUUGUUGGUCAGACACGUGUGCUGAUGCUUAAUGGGGAGGAGGUGGAGGAGACUGAAAUGCCUGGCUUUGUUGAUGAUCAACAGACAUUCUACUGUGGGAAUGUAGCUCAUCAGCAACUCAUUCAGAUAACAUCCGGUUCAGUGCGGUUGGUCAGCCAGGAGCCCAAGUCUCUGGUUAGUGAAUGGAAAGAACCAAAUGGAAAGAAUAUCAGUGUUGCAUCCUGUAAUAACAGCCAGGUAGUAGUGGCAGUGGGUCGUGUAUUGUAUUACCUGGAAAUCCAUCCUAAAGAACUCAAACAAAUCAGUUUUAUAGAAAUGGAGCAUGAAGUAGCCUGUCUGGAUAUCACUCCAUUGACUGAGGGAAGCAGUAUAUCACCCCUUUGUUCUGUGGGCCUUUGGACAGAUAUUUCAGCCCAGAUCCUCAAAUUACCAUCGUUUGAAAUUCUACAUAAGGAGAUGCUUGGAGGAGAGAUUAUUCCACGGUCCAUUUUGAUGACGACAUUUGAAGGCAGCCAUUACUUGCUGUGUGCUCUGGGUGAUGGAGCUCUCUUUUACUUUGGACUUGAAAUAGAAACAGGCUUGCUGAGUGACCGUAAGAAAGUCACACUGGGGACCCAGCCAACAGUGCUGCGAACGUUCAGAUCUUUGUCUACUACAAAUGUCUUUGCCUGUUCAGAUCGUCCUACAGUCAUUUAUAGCAGCAAUCAUAAGCUGGUUUUCUCAAACGUUAACCUUAAGGAAGUAAACUACAUGUGUCCUCUUAACUCCGAAGGAUAUCCUGACAGUUUAGCCUUGGCCAACAACAGCACUUUAACUAUAGGAACCAUUGAUGAGAUUCAGAAACUACACAUCCGGACAGUGCCACUUAAUGAGUCUCCAAAGAGAAUCUGUUACCAGGAGGCAUCACAGUGUUUUGGUCUGGUCAGUAGUAGAGUAGAAGUAUUAGAUCCCAGUGGAGGCACCUCUGUCCUGAGACCAAGUGCCAGCACUCAGGCUCUUUCCACCAGUGUCAGCUCCAGUAAACUUUUCCCAAGUAGUACCUCGCAGCAUGAAAGUUCAUUUGGGGAUGAAGUGGAAGUGCACAGUUUACUAAUCAUAGAUCAGCACACAUUUGAAGUACUUCAUGCUCACCAGUUUCUUCAAAAUGAGUAUGCACUAAGUAUUGUAUCCUGCAAGUUGAGCAAAGAUCCCAAUACGUACUUUGUUGUGGGUACGGCAAUGGUUUAUCCUGAAGAAGCAGAACCAAAACAAGGACGAAUUAUUGUGUUUCAGUACUCUGAUGGUAAACUUCAGACUGUCGCCGAAAAAGAAGUAAAAGGUGCGGUGUAUUCCAUGGUGGAGUUCAAUGGCAAGUUGUUGGCAAGCAUCAAUAGCACAGUUCGAUUAUAUGAGUGGACUGCUGAAAAAGAGCUACGCACAGAGUGUAACCACUACAAUAAUAUUAUGGCCCUUUACUUGAAAACAAAGGGAGACUUUAUUCUUGUGGGAGAUUUGAUGCGCUCAGUGCUGCUGCUUGCCUACAAACCAAUGGAAGGCAAUUUUGAAGAGAUUGCCCGAGACUUCAACCCUAACUGGAUGAGUGCUGUGGAGAUAUUGGAUGAUGAUAAUUUCUUGGGUGCAGAGAACUCCUUCAAUUUAUUUGUAUGUCAGAAAGACAGUGCAGCUACUACAGACGAGGAAAGACAGCACCUCCAGGAAGUAGGGCUUUUCCACCUUGGCGAGUUCGUCAAUGUGUUUUGUCAUGGUUCGCUGGUGAUGCAGAAUCUUGGUGAGACAUCAACACCUACACUGGGUUCAGUGCUGUUUGGUACAGUCAAUGGCAUGAUUGGUUUGGUUACUUCAUUAUCUGAGAGCUGGUAUAACUUCCUUUUUGAAGUCCAAAAUCGACUGAAUAAAGUUAUCAAAAGCGUGGGCAAGAUUGAACAUUCAUUUUGGAGAUCAUUUCACUCCGAAAGGAAGACUGAACCUGCUGCAGGUUUCAUAGAUGGAGACCUUAUAGAGAGCUUCUUGGAUCUUAGCCGACCUAAAAUGCAGGAAGUGGCUGCAGGGUUGCAGAUUGAUGAUGGAAGUGGGAUGAAAAGAGAAGCAACUGUAGAUGAUCUGAUAAAAAUUGUUGAAGAAUUAACUAGAAUACAUUAGCCGAACACUGGAGAUCUGCUGUUUAUCAGUGAUGAUGCUGGUAUUAUUGGAGGGUUGCAGUGAACCUUAGUACACAAUUAAAAGAACUACAACAUAUUUGUGAUAUGAACCAAUAAUGUCUGGGACAUAAAGUUUCUUCGCUCAUAGUUGUGUUUUAUUACUUUGUCCUGAGCUGCUGUUGGGACAUUAUUGUUCAUAUGGAUAGGAACUGCAGGGAAACCAAUAAAAAUCACGUUUCCCAUAAUGUUAAAACAAAACAAAAAUUAAAUUUAAAAUUACCCACAGACAGUGUGUUAUUUUUUAUUCUCCACCUGUCAUGGCAAGAUUAAUAUGGUACAUUAUACUUUUUGGAAAGGUGAAAAGACGGAAAAGCCAAGUAAUGAUCUUGGGACUAGACUCUAGAGCCAGUUGCUUUGAAAAUUCCUUCCUUUUCAGGUGCGACUCUCAUACCAUAAUUGAAUUUGUCUUUAAUGUUGGUUUUGUUGAACUUUGCGAGUUGUAUCCCGAGCAUUCUUUGUUACUUAGCUGACAAACUCAUUUGUGUGGCUAUUAUGAAAAUAUGCAAUGCAGUAGUAUGUAUUUUUCUGAAAUUAGAUGAAGGAACAGUACUAAAGUAGCUUAACUUUAAAUUUUAACCAGUUUUACCUUGACCUUGGUGUUGAUCAAAACUAAGAAUCAAUUACAGUCCUCUGCAAAUUGUUAAUUAAAUUAUUGCACAUUUAUGGCACCAUAUUUGGAAGCUGAACUGUGCCAAAUGUGCUUAUUGUCACCUCAGUGUUUCCAUACCUUGAAAAUGAUCUGGGGAUCAGGAAAAGCUGUUGGAAAAUUCAAUGUAAUAUCAUAUGCUGAAUUUUUUGUUAGUGAGACCCUGAGCUGCUUAAGGAACUACAUCUGUUGAUAUUCACGUGACUAAAGUCAAGAAUCAAACUGUAUCAAAGUGUUUUGUAAAGAACAGCUGUGUGUGUCACUUAGUAUGCUUUAAAAUAACACAUUUUCAGGGUUCAAAAUUACACAAAUGAAAAGGUAAGAAUCUGCUGUAUUACAGGUGUGUAUUGCACAUUUAGGCAUUGACUACUAAUGAUGCUAAUACCCAGAAGUAACAGUGACCAUAUGAAUAUAAAGUCAGAACUGCCAAAUGCAUGUUAAUUACACAGUGUGGUAAUACUAAUUGAAACAGAUUCUGCAUGUCAUUGAUUCAAAUAGUGUUAAAUGUUAUUUUGAUGCCUGCCAUUUGCUUGGAGGUAAAGAAUGGCAGUUGAUUUACAGGGAAUCAAUAUUACAUGGUACACCCUUCCUUAAAAGAAAACCUGACCUUUUAUGUUAGAAAGAUAACCUAAAAUGGAAUGUUGAAAUUAAAGUGAAUGUACCGGUCAGAUUUGUCAGUAACUCAGAAUAAAACUUAGCAGAAGCAUUAAGAGAAGCACUCCAAAAAACAUUUCUUUGACAUUUUCAGUUUUGAUGACCUCCCCAUAACCUGGAAGCUAUUUUUGUUUCAUCAUCAUUCCAACUCUUCUAAAUCAGGAGGAUGAAUGAUGUGGCCUGCUUUGAGGGGUAAUUUAAUUUUAAAUGUGUUGGAAUUGUGAGCAAAAGUCCAUCUUGUUUAUUCAGGUUGCUCUGAGGUGACACAAUAACCAAAGCAUAUCCUGACAUAUGGGCUGAUACUUUGGUUUAAAACAAUUGUGUAAAUUAAAGGGAGAUGAUCUGAUAGUUGCUGUCAAUUGCAUCUGGUUCUAGAUCUUUUUUUGAAUUUGGGCCCAAAAUCACAAUCACUGUGAAGCUGGUAUGCAGAAGAGCAUAGUAUGAUGUUGUAUGCCUGUUCUCUCUAAUUUUGAGCUCCCUUCAUAAUACCUGGAGGAAAAAAUUAAUAUUCCCCAUUGUGGCUGUUUAACAGAAAGCAUGUCCUUUUGUAGGCUGAAUAUAAAACUGCUUUAUAAAUAAUGAACAAAUGUGCACAGUGCUUGAACAUUUUAAUGAACUUUGUUAUUUUCAUCAAUAAAUUUCUGUUUCAAAGUG